AUGUCAACGCCAUUCGCACAACCUUCCAAAUCAUUUUCUCUUCUCCCUUCAUCACCAUCAUCUUCCGCUUCCACAUCACGCAAAUACCAAUCAACUCGCCCAAUUCGUUCCAAAUCUCUUCCCAUUAUCAUUCCAUCUUCCCCACCAACGCCAAAAAACGAUCCUACUGUUUACCCCGAACUUCCAUCUGAUCCUAAAACUUGGACUUCCGAUCAUGUUGCAUUAUAUCUUACAUACUGUCUCCGGCUGUAUCCGCCCGCAAUUAUACGUGAUUUAACUCGAUAUGUGUCGGAAGAACACACAUUGACGGGGAAAAGGUUCAUGAGGUUGAAAGAAGAGAAUUUGAGACAUAUGGGUUUUAAUGAGAGAUGGAUUAAGUUAAUCAUGAUGGGCGUUAAAGCGCUCCGAAGGCAGAGUUUAAAGGACAAAAUAUUAGGAAAUAAUGGAGAUUAUAAAGACAUUGUUGAAGAAGAUGAAAUUGAAGAGUUGGAAGAUGAGGAUAUGAAGAGCGGGGAUGAGAGUGUUAGCUUGUUAUCGACGGAAGAUAAGACUUUUAUUCAACCAACAUUCACGAAAUUGAAAGAUGAGGUUAUGAUAGACUUAAGGGAUCAACAGAACACGGUUGAUGCGCCGUCCGAUCCUCAAUCCCACAAUCGCGGUUCCUGCCUCCCCCCUCCAAACACUGGGGCUUCCGUACAGCGUUUCUCCUGGUCCUACAUUUUUUCUUGGCCUCUUUCUUUAUCUCGCAUUCUCACAGGACUCUGGCUGUUAAAACGCGAAGUGUUGGAGAAUAUACCUCAACACAGAUUUUCACAGGGAUUUGCUGUUGGCGGAUUUGUAGUCUGGGCCUGGACGAGAGUCUCUCGGACGGCAAGACAAUGGUGA